AUGGAGCGAAAUUCACGAGAAGGAUCGCCCGCGAGCGGCGUCACUGCCAAAAGCCAAUCAACAGUCCCCAUCCCACAGAGAAUCGAAAGUAUGAUCGAUCCAGCAGUAUGGGGCAACUGGGCAAUCGACCUUACAAACGCUAGCCCACAGCAACUGGGUUCCUAUAUGGGUUUCCUACUUGAGACCUAUGAGAAGAGGAAUCUCACGGGCCUCGAGCUAUGGAACGAAGUUUCUCCCGAUUUCGCCGACUGGUCAGAAGAAGACUUCCAGAACGUACCUCCCCCAAUCCUACGAUUCUUCAGAGACUAUUUAAUCGCCCUCAAAAAGGAAGAAUUCCACUACUGGUCACCCCAAGAACUCGAACAAGGCGUCAAGAGAUAUCGCAACCUGAAGGCUCUGAUAAAAGACCCCGAAUUCCACGAAGAGAUCACGAGACCGGCAACAGUAGCCAACAGCACAGGAGGAAGAGUCGAACCAACCCUACAGCCACCUCCUCCACAAGAACAACAACAGUGGCAACUACCGUACCGACCGCCACAUCCCACGGUCUCUCCGUUAACAGACUUCCAACCAUACGAGUCAACAGACCGUAUCGGAAAGCAAUUAACAGAAUUCGCGAAACUAUACCCCGACGAUAUGAAAUACAGCGGCGAUAUGUACGAUGUACGCGAAAAGAAGGGCUGGACCGGACCGUUUACUUUAGCAGCCAUAAACGGCGAAACCUGUACUGUCGAUACGCCACGUGGUCCGAAGACCUUCCGGUCUACCGUAGUCAAACCAUACUACGAAGAUCCCGAUCAACCACCUAAUUCCAUCGCCGCGCCAGAAGAAGAAGAACCCGAAGCUGAGAUACCGCAGCAGGAAGUAGUACGCGACGAAAUUAUCGUCGCCGGCGGAGGCAGUGAACCGGACGAACCGCAAGAGGCACCGGAGCCACCGAGAAGACGCCCGGGCAGACCCCGGAAGAGACCACUGCCAAUCGCCCACUUCACAGAGGAAUUCAACGAUGACCCGGAUUAUCAACAAAUAUUCCUAUCGAUUAAGGAGCAAGCAGACGAAGAAUUGGCAAUCAAACUACGACGAGAAGGUGUUAUUACUACACCAGGCGAACCGUUCGAACAGUCAACUAAACAAGAGAUCAACAGCCUCAUCGCUAGAGGAGUGUUCAAAUUCACCCAGUUCAAUAAGAGAAGGCACCAGAACGUACGAAUCUUCCGAUCUCGUAUCGUCAACGAAGUCAAGGGUAAAACAACCGAACCCUACGAGAAAUCGAGACUUGUAAUACAGGGUUACGCCGACGAUAGCAAGAAGGCUAUAUUGACCCAAUCGCCAACGAUUCAGCGGGCGAGUCAACGGCUAAUUCUGUCAAUUACCCCGUCACUCCUACGAGAAGGGAAACAACUAUGGCUUCGAGAUAUCACACAAGCCUACGUUCAAUCCUCCACAAGGCUCAAUCGUACUAUUCUCGCCUACCCACCGAAGCAAAUUCAAGACCAGUACCCAAAAGGGACCAUUAUGGAGGUUGUGAAGCCUCUGUACGGAAUCGCAGAAGCUGGAACCCACUGGUGGGCAACGUAUCACAAGCAUCACAGAGAGAAUCUCCAGAUGGUUACUUCUUCGUACGAUCCAUGCCUAUUGAUCUCAUCUACCGAAAAUCCACACUUUGGCUGUAUCGGCAUGCAAACCGACGAUACCCUCGGUUUGUCAGACAAGGCGUUCUCACAAUUAGAAGACGAACAGUUAGAAAAAGCGGCUUUUACGGCAAAAGCGAAGAAUAUCCUCACAAUUGACGAACCCCUCCAAUUCAACGGAGGGAUAGUCGCGCUGUCAACCGACAAUUCGAUCAAUUUGAGGCAAAAGGGACAAGCCAAGAAGUUACGAUGUAUUGAGACUACUAAACCCAACCCAAAACAGCAAUAUGUCGAACAACGCGCCAGAGGGGCGUACAUCGCGUCAAUUUGCCAACCCGAGGCCUGUUUCGAUUUAUCUACUGCUGCCCAACACCAAGACCCCUCGCCAGAAGCGAUAAAAGCACUGGAUCAACGGAUUCGAUGGCAAAUGGAAUCGCCUAACCGAGGAAUAACGUUUAUCCCACUCGACCUUACAACAGCCAAGCUAUUCGUUUUCGUUGACGGGUCGUUCGCUAAUAACCACGACCUCUCCUCCCAAUUAGGGUUUCUGAUCAUCCUAGCCAACGACACUUCCUCUGACAGCAACAACGGAGAAUUCACGAUUCACGGUAACCUCGUUCAUUACAGCUCUACGAAGAGUAAACGAGUCACCCGCAGCGUAUUAGCGUCAGAGAUCUACGGGAUGGUCGCUGGCGUCGAUAUGGCCUACGCCCUCGCCACAACCCUGGCGACAAUCACUGACCACCUCAACCUACCAACGAUUCAGACAGUUGUCUGUACCGAUUCCUAUUCGCUGUACGAGUGUCUCGUGAAGCUGGGCACUACCAAAGAAAAGCGACUCAUGAUCGAUAUCAUGGCGUUGAGACAAUCGUACGAAAGACGAGAACUACAAGAAAUUCGUUGGAUUAACGGCGAAGACAACCCUGCUGAUGCCCUCACGAAGAGCAAACCAAAUCGAGCCCUCGAGAGAUUCGUUGAUAGCAACACGAUAACGAUACGUAUGGAGGGAUGGGUAACAAGACCGUAA